GUCAGUAUCAGCCAGCGAUCCGAGAUCAUCUACGCCUUUUAUAAUCAACCACAUCUACCUCGGCCCCUGCGAGCCCCCUCGAGCGCUCAACACAGCGGACAUACCGCGAGCCAAAUCCUGAAACAUUGACCCGCCCGUCCUCAUCAUGUCGACCGGCGCAGCUACCAGAGCGGGUACAAACCUCGACGUCCUCAUGAACAUCAUGGCCGUCGGAAACCUAUCCUCUCCCGACCUGUUCCACUGCCUCCUCACCUCCUCGACCUUCUUCCACGCUGCCGCCCCCGCCUUAUACCACACUCUCCCCAUUUCCCACGCUUGCUUCCCCCUGGAGGGCGCUACAAAGUUUACCAAAACCUCCCGCGCCCGACCCCCCAGCACCGUCACCUCGCCUCACUCGCCUUACUGUAAAGACAAACUCCUCCAACUCGUGCGCAAAGUCUUGCUCGAAUACACCCGCUUCUCCCCAGGGCAUACCAAGCAGUACUGGGAUACUGGGUUUCUGUGCUAUCCGCUCCCGAAUGUGUGGGCUGUCAUCGUCGAGCCCCAGGACACCAACCCGCUUUUCACGCAGUCGUCGCCGCUUUCGUGGCCGCUUGUGAUGUGCUUGUGCAUGGGGGCGACGCAUAUCUUUAUGGGGCCGUAUACGUAUAGCCGCGACUCUUUCGGCGAUGCGGAGAUUUACAUCCCUCCCCUGCCCAUGCUCAAGACUGUCUGCCUGUCUGUACCGGUCGACGAAGCCGACAACGCCGCGGCGCUUUUGGAACACUGCAUAGAGUCUCAAUCUUCCCAUACAUUCACAGAGCUCCAUCUCUACCUCUGGGACGACAUCACCUUCAUCGACGAUCCCCUGUCCCUCUCCCCCGAAUACACCUCCUUCUCCACCGCCAGCCUCGAGUCUCUCAAGCUCCAAACGACGCAGAACAUCCUACCCUUCGCGUCUUGGUCUGAGGAACUGGCAAGUCUGCUGUCAGUGUGCGGGUACUGGACUUGGACCAAGUCUGUUUCUGUGUACGGCCUGCCCGAGAUAGUUGAGCGCUACAAGGCAAUAACAGCAUCGGACGAGCGUUUCACAAAGAUCGACCUCAAUUUCUUCGAUACCUUUAUCAAGAAGGCUGCUGAUGACCGGAAGGCAGCAAGCGGGUCGGAUGCGGCCUCACUUCCUGAGCGGCCCACGCCCCUGGCUUUCCAUUCGGCGGAGGAAAUGUAUAAGAAGAAUUGGAGUGGGGUGUGGGCGGAGGGGGAGGAGAGGUAUUAUGAGCAUGUUGUCAAGCCGUCAGAUGAGUUGGUGGCGCUGAGGGAGAUAGCGGCAGAAACGACAGGCCAGCCGGUUGUCACUUUCCUCACCCUCUGUCUCUCCGAACUCCGACACGUCCUCUACCUUACCGAAAACCCCCCUUCAGAGAUGGAAGGCGGUUCCCUCCCUCCCAAAGGAUGGGACCAACUUCACUGGGACGACGACGACCUCAAUCUCCCGGUCGAAGAUGAGAGCGAUCCGAGCUCGGACGAGGAAGCGAGUGAAGAUGAGUUUUUGAAGCCGUGGGCGAAGGGAGUGCCGUGGACGGCGAGGUCGGCCGAGUUGCAGGUGGAGGGGAUGGAUUUGGAUUAUGAGGGGUAUGAGAUGGAGGAUGUUGAUGGGGUAUAUGUGGAGGAGGAGAGGAACAUGAGGGUUGGGGAGAUGGGGUAG